CACUUGCCUAAAAAAAGAAACAAGCUGACAAGCACUAUUAACGACAGCGACACACACGAAUAAGUCGGGGGAGGUAGUAUCUGUACUACUAACUGUUAUUUGUGUGUUACACAUUAGAGAAAAAAACAUAAAACUACCUCCUAGUCAACAAAAAGAUAAAACCCUCCAGCACAAUAUCCUCGACGGCUUCCAGAUUAAACUUUUAAAGCUGGUGUGUGAAGGUAAAAGAUAAUAAAUAUACUGUUGCGACAAAACGUUUGAUUUGACGUUAAUAAAAAAGUGUAAUGACUUUGAGGUUAAGUUUUUAAAAAGUUUUAACAAUAAUGUAUCACCACGAGUACGAGAAGCGUUUGUUGAAGCCAACGGAUAUCAGCAAUCACCAGAACACCAACGUGAUCAACAACGCUCAGAAGAAGCCCUCGAUCAUCACCUUCAACAGCAUUAACAUGUCCCCGUCCUCGACUUAUAUUUCGCCGUCAAAGUCCACCACCAGCUAUGAUCGUUUCAUUCCAAUGCGUUCAGGUAACAACUGGCACACGACCUUCUCAAUGAUAUCCGAGUCCUCCCGAAACAGCUUGAUCAACAAGAAAAGUACGCGAGAAAACGGGGAAGGAAACCGUGAUGGCAUAGCGUACUCAUCUCUUUUAAAAAACGAGCUCCUUGGAGCGAGUAUCGAAGACGUCAAAAACCAAACAGAGGAUCGAGGAAACUACUCCUCCUCAAUCCUCCAGGGCAAGAACCUCUUCAAGUACUCAACGCCUACAAAAGAACGUACCCUGGACAGCAGUUCACCGUACUCACUCUCCCCCUUGAGCGCAAAGAGCCAAAAAUUGCUUCGGUCCCCCCGUAAGACCACCAGAAAAAUCUCCCGAAUCCCGUUCAAGGUUCUCGACGCCCCGGAGUUACAGGACGACUUCUACCUGAACCUGGUCGACUGGUCCUCGCAAAACGUGCUAAGUGUCGGUCUAGGAAGUUGCGUUUACCUCUGGUCAGCCUGCACCAGCCAAGUGACCCGGCUCUGCGACCUGUCUGGAGAUGGCAACAGCGUCACCUCAGUCGCCUGGAACGAAAGAGGAAACUUAGUGGCAGUAGGGACCAACAGCGGGUACAUCCAGGUCUGGGACGUCGCUGUCAACAAGCAGGUAGCCAAACUCCAAGGGCACAGCGCUCGGGUAGGAGCUCUGGCCUGGAAUGGUGAAAUUCUCUCUUCUGGAAGUCGCGAUAGAUUAAUUUUGCAGCGAGACGUCAGGACUCCUUGUGUCGUAAGCGAGCGAAGACUGGGAGCUCAUCGCCAGGAGGUCUGUGGCCUGAAGUGGUCCCCAGACAACCAGUACUUGGCCUCCGGGGGCAACGACAACAGACUCUACGUCUGGAAUCUUCAUUCUCUGACUCCGGUUCAGACUUACACGGAACACCUGGCCGCGGUGAAGGCCAUCGCCUGGUCUCCGCACCAUCACGGGCUCCUGGCCUCCGGGGGAGGAACUGCUGACAGAUGCAUCAGGUUUUGGAACACAUUGACUGGCCAGCCGAUGCAGUGUGUAGACACUGGCAGCCAGGUCUGCAAUCUAGCCUGGAGUAAACACAGCUCCGAGCUGGUCAGCACUCACGGGUACUCCCAGAAUCAGAUACUCGUGUGGAAGUACCCCAGCUUGACUCAGGUCGCCAAACUCACUGGACACUCCUACCGCGUGCUUUACUUGGCGAUGAGUCCCGAUGGAGAAGCUAUUGUUACUGGGGCUGGAGACGAGACUCUCAGAUUCUGGAAUGUCUUCAGCAAAGCUAGAAGUCAGAAGGAAAAUAAAUCCGGGCUUAAUUUGUUUACUAGUAUCCGAUAGAUAUUUUUGUAUUUUUUUUUCUUUUUUCGUUUGUAUAUAUUUAUUAAUAUAUAAUAUUUUAUUGU